AUGUUAUCCGACAGAGACGCCUCACUCCGCCGCGAUUUCGAGGCGUUGACAGUCUCCCGCCGACUGGUACGGACAGUUAGCCAGAAGCUGAGAAAGAAGGAGACCCCCGAUCAAGAUUCUCCCGCCAACGAUGGGUUUUCGUUGAAAUGUCUUACCCUGAUGGGACGAGGAGGCGGCUGCAAGGUCGGGGCCGAUACCGGAGAUGAUUUUGUUGGGGACUCCGGCGGCCGGAGGAGGUCGUCAACUUCCAGCGAUGAAGCGGGCAGGACGCCUUACAAGCCCAUCUGCGGCGGGGAAGAAACGGGAGUCGAUUGCUUCUUUAGAGAAAUGUUUUGGAAGAAGCACAGCAGCAGGAGGGAUUUGCAGAUUGAGGCGGCUCCGAUUGCGAAUCCAUUGGAUACCAGCAAGCUGCACAUGUUUCUUCCUGACGAUAUUCUAGAGCUCUGCCUGGUAAGACUUCCUCUAACCAGUCUCAUGAAUGCUCGCCUUGUCUGCAAGAAAUGGAAGAACUUGACUACUAGCCCUAGGUUCUUGACCAUGAGGUGGGAAGGCUUGUAUAGAACACCGUGGUUGUUUCUGUUUGGAACCGUUAGGGAUGGAUGUUGCUCCGGUGAGAUUCAUGCUUUCGAUAGUUGCCAAGAUAAAUGGCACAAAAUUGAUGCUGACAUUCUGAAAGGGAGGUUCAUGUUCUCUGUUCAAAGCGUUCAUGAUGACGAAAUCUAUGUCGUGGGUGGCCGGUCUAGCCUCGGUCAACCAGGGAGACUAGAUUGGAGCUCAUUUAAGACUCACAAAGGGGUAACGGUGUUUAGCCCCGUGACCAAAUCGUGGCGAAAGGUGGCCUCCAUGAGGUAUGCUAGGUCAAUGCCGGUCCUUGGAGCAUCCGAGGUGGGUCCGGAUUUCAGUUCUGGUCAUCACCAUCAUCAUCAGGAGAGGCGUUUUCCCAGGUCGAGGAUUGGUGGGGUAUCCGAUGUGUACGAAGAUCCUCACAGGCUAUCUCUUAGGCGGCAGCAUAAUGAAGUGUCGUUCACGGCCAACAGAAAGUCUCACUCUCACUCUCACUCUCAAAAGUUCAUGAGGCAGAGAAGUAGCAAUUGGUUGAAUGCGAAAUGUAGCAAGAGGUACGUGCUGAUUGCAGUUGGAGGACUCGGGCCAUGGGACGAGCCAUUGGACUCUGGAGAAAUCUAUGAUCCUUUGACCAACAAAUGGUCAGAGAUUCAAAGGCUUCCUGUGGAUUUUGGAGCAGUUAGUUCCGGAGUUGUCUGCAAUGGGAUCUUCUAUGUGUACUCCGAGAUCGACAAGCUGAUGGGGUAUGACAUAGAUAGGGGAUUCUGGAUGGGAAUCCAAAUUUCCCCCUUCCCUCCUCGAGUUGUUGAGUACUACCCUAAGCUUGUGGCAUCCAAUGGCCGACUAUUCAUGCUCUCUGUCUCUUGGUGCGAAGGGGAUGGCCGAAUCGGGCAGAGAAACAAGGCUGUUAGAAAAAUGUGGGAGCUUGAUCUCGUUUACAUGAGCUGGAGUGAAGUUUCAGUUCAUCCUGAUGCUCCGAUGGAUUGGAAUGCAGUGUUUGUAGCUGGCAGAGGGCAGAUAUAUGGGAUCGAGAUGUUCAAGAUAUUUGGUCAGUUGUUGGAUUUCUCGACCGUGUGUGAUGUCUCUGAUUCAGGGACAACCAGCUGGAGGCAUGUCUCGAGGAGUCACGUCGGUCAUGAGCUCGAUGCUUCUUCUUGCAUGAUGAAAUCCUUGUCAGUUCUGCAUCUGUGA